CUUUUCGCUGAUCUUUCAGGUUUGUUUGUGUUUGUUGUGUUCGUCUCUUUUGGUUUGCAUCGAGAAUGAUUCUGUCUUUGAUCAUUUAGUAUUCUUAUCUCCUCUUUUCGAUGUGGGAUUACUUUGCCCGCAAUCAAGCGCCUUCUGUCCCGGUGCCCCCUACAAUGACUCUCCCCCUCCCUGAGGUCAAGUCUCUCGCAGACUGCGUCUCCUUUAACCAUGCCGUGCGACCAUUCCUGUCGCAAGUCGCUGCGCUCCCCGAACAGCUGCACCCUGCAGUUGUCGCGAAAGAUGUCAACGCCCUCAAAGAAAUAUACAUCUCGACUAACCCUCUCGCGAGUGCCGCCGCCUUUACUCUUGCUAUUUCCGUGCUCUUCAUAAUCACCUCUGAGAUCAACCGCAACUACUCCCAAGUUGAUCGCUUCUGGUCUAUCCUGCCAUCUGUGUUCAAUGUCCAUUUCGCUCUUUGGGCACGUCUGACGGGCCUUCGCACUCUCACCCUAGAUACCAUCGCCGCGCUCUCUGUUCUCUGGACUGUCCGCUUAACCUAUAACUACUGGCGCAAAGGCGGCUACUCUAUCGGCUCAGAAGACUACCGCUGGUCUAUCAUCCGCUCCCGGGUCAACAACCGAUUCGUCUUCUUCCUAUUCAACAUCACCUUUAUCAGUGUGAUUCAGCCCCUCCUACUACUUCUUAUCACAACCCCAACUUACAACUUCCUCCUGCUCUCCCGCCUCCCCGGCGGCGAGGCCUUCGAGCUCGCCGAUUUGAUUUUCUCUCGCGCCGCCUUUGUCUUCCUCAUUCUUGAGACCGUCGCCGACCAGCAGCAAUGGAAAUUCCAGAACGCCAAGAAGGAAUACAACAAGACCGCUCGCAUCCCCGCCGAGCUCAAGGAUCAGUAUAGCCCGGAAGACCUGGAGCGCGGCUUCGUCGUCAGCGGUUUGUGGUCGCUCUCGCGACACCCCAACUUCGCCGCAGAGCAGGCCAUUUGGCUCACUUUGUACCUCUGGAACGCCUACAAGAUGGAGACCUACAUUCAGUGGACCGGCGUUGGUAUCGUCGGCCUCCUCCUCAUUUUCCAGGGCAGCGUCCGCCUUACCGAGGAAAUCAGCGCCGGCAAGUACCCCGAGUACAGAGAAUACCAGGCCCGCGUCGGAAGGUUCGUUCCCCGCCUGUCCCAGGCACCUAGGUACAAGAUUAGCAAGAAGAAGUCAAAGAAGGUUGCGCAGUCCGAGGUUAAGGAGGAGUAGAUGCCGGAAGGAGUCCAUUUAUCACGGCUUGGUUGGGAACUGCAUAUAUAUUUCUUUGUAAUUGGAUAUAUUCCUUCCAGUUCUUAUUUCUGUAUUUUCUGAUCUUGGCUUUUGCGGGUUUCUAUAGGACCGGAGUGGAUAUGUGGUUUUAGCUAGGUCGUGCUUUUCCUUGUCAUUGGAGGUAGCUUAUUAUUCUAGAAUGUGAACAAAGUAAAGUUUGUAGGCCAAAAUGCCUUCUUAAGAAAUCUAGGUCUAGGGGAGAAACACCCAUCAAAACAUCUAGAACGGUAAGUACACCUCGUCACUCGUUCCUUCGUUGAAGGAUACGGA